AUGAACUCCACUACGACGACUACCACUUCCUCGCGGAAUCCCUAUUUUCAAUUAGUUGAGGAACGAGCAAUGGCUAAACCAAUCGCGACCGUGUUUGAUGCCUCAAAAGUGCAUGAAAAAUGGCCGUUCAUUAAGGGCGAGAUGGCUCCGGCCCAGCUGUACAGCACCACCUCUGGUAGACUGUUCCACUCUGGAAAGAUCGCGAUCAUCACAGUUGGACUACCUGCGCGUGGGAAGACCCACUUAUCGGUCGCCUUAACUCGAUACCUUCGAUGGCUCGGUGUAAUAACACAUACUUUCCACCUGGGUGACUACCGAAGAGCGCAUUGUGCGCCUGGACAGGAUGUUCCAGAAGAUUAUUUCUUCGUAAAUGCAUCGCCAUCAUCCGUGCUUCUGCGCCAAAAAAUAUUGCGACAAUGCCGAACGGAUAUCUACGAGUUUUUCGACCAGCAUGGCGGACAAGUUGCGAUAUACGAUGCUGUUAAUCCCACAGCCGCGGGGAGACGACUUCUCGCGAAAGAAUUCUUAAAGAAUGAUAUUCAUCCAAUCUUUAUUGAAUCUACUUGCGACGAUAUGAAAAUUAUCGAGGAGAAUGUUAGAAACGUCAAAAUCAGCUCCCCAGAUUACGCCGGCUGGAAGCCAGAGGAUGCUGUCCAGGACUAUCUUCGUAGGAUAACUGUAAAAAUUCCUCACUUUGAAACCAUGGAAGAAACAGAGCUCGACUACAUCAAGAUGAUUAAUGCUGGAGAGAGGAUUAUUGUGAACAACUGCCGUUUCGGAUACUUACCCAACCGUAUCGUGUUCUAUCUAAUGAAUUUACAUAUCAAAUCCAGACGAACUUAUUUUGCAAGGUCUGGAAUAGCAGAUCAUGACUCCUACAAGGCCGAUGCUCCGCUCUCCGAGCAAGGUCUCGACUAUGCUCGCCGUUUGGCCGACACUAUCACUAAAUUCCGUGUUGAAGAACUUCGCGCUCAUGUUGCUGCCGGUGGUUCUAAAGAGGAUCGCCCCCUAGUCGUCUGGACCUCCACUCGUAUCCGCACUGUCCAAACCGCAGACCAACUUGCCGCCAAAGGCAUCAAGGUUCGUCAACGUCAACAGCUUUCUCAGCUCAACCCAGGCGCUGUUGAAGGUCUUAGCGAGGAGGAAAUCCGCGAACGAUAUCCUGAGGAGUUAGAGAAACACAAUCACGAUCCUUAUCACCACCGAUAUCCCAGAUCUGAGAGCUACCACGACCUAGCGGUUCGUCUUGAGCCAAUUAUCCUGGAAUUGGAGAGAGAGCACAAUGAUCUACUCAUCAUUGCCCACGAGAGCGUCUUAAGGGUGCUUUAUGCCUACUUAAUGGCCUGUUCGACAGCGGAUAUUCCGACGAUGAAGUUUGGAAGGGACGAGAUCGUUGAGAUUGUGCCAGCGAGCUACAACAAUGUCGCAAGGAGAAUCCCGAUACCACCGGGUAUCCACCAAGAAGUCCCAAAUACACCAUUCGGAUUCCCACCAGUGUUUACUGGGAUAUAA